UAAGAAACUCGCCCAGGCGCUGAGCGCCCAAUCGCGGCGCGUAAACUGAACUUUAUUGUUGUCAGCAACUACCAGCUAGCUAGCUAGCUAAUAUAGUUGUAAGCUAACGUCUGCCAAAUGGUGAGCUAACAGUAGACUAUCGUUUGUCUCAUUAGUAAAGAAGUAGCUAGUGGACAGUUACGUUUUAGAUAUAACGGUCAGGACAGUCGCUCUCACGGGCUGUUCGUCUCCAAUAUCAGGAAAGAUGACUUCUGCACCGUCUGAUCCAACUCUAGAGAGACAUUUCAAGGGUCACAGGGACACUGUUACGACUGUGGACUUCAGCUGCAACAUGAAACAGAUUGCCACAGGCUCGAUGGACUCCUGUGUGAUGAUCUGGAACAUGAAACCUCAGAUGCGAGCGUAUCGUUUUGAUGGACACAAAGAUGCUGUCCUUUCUGUUCAGUUUUCUCCCUCUGGCCACCUGGUGGCCUCGGCUUCCAGAGACAAGACAGUACGGCUUUGGGUGCCCAGCAUGAAGGCUGAGUCAACAUCUUUCAGGGCUCACACGGCUACUGUGCGCAGCGUUAACUUUUCUGGUGACGGACAGAAUCUGAUCACAGCCUCUGACGACAAGACCAUCAAAGUGUGGACCGUUCACAGGCAAAAGUUUCUCUUCUCUCUCAACCAGCACAUCAACUGGGUCCGCUGUGCCAAGUUUUCUCCAGAUGACCGUUUGAUUGUGUCGUCCAGUGAUGAUAAGACUAUAAAGCUGUGGGACAAGAAUAGCAGAGAGUGUAUUCAUUCUUUCUAUGAACAUGCUGGUUAUGCAAACCAUGUGGACUUCCAUCCCAGUGGAACAUGCAUCGCUGCAGCGAGUACUGACAACUCUGUCAAGGUGUGGGACAUCAGAUCCCAUAAGAUGCUACAGCACUACCAAGUCCACAGUGGUGGGGUGAACAGCUGUUUUUCACCCGCUGGUAAUUUCCUCAUCACUGCAUCCAACGAUUCCACAAUGAAGAUACUGGACCUUGUAGAGGGCAAGCUACUGUAUACACUGCACGGACACCAGGGUCCAGUGAACUGUGUGGCCUUCUCCAGGACCGGAGAGUACUUUGCCUCUGGAGGUUCUGAUGAACAGGUAAUGGUUUGGAAGAGUAACUUUGACUGUGCUGAAGACAAUGAUGGCGUCAGGCUGCAGCACAAAUCUAAUUUCAGCCUGCAGGCACUACCAGCCAGCUCCACGGCGCACCCCUCGCAUCCAUCUGUACUCCGAAGCCGGGCUUCUGAACCAACAGAACAUUUUACCCGACAGGACUCCCACACUGCUGCCCACACUCAGAGCGCCAGUCGCAGUGGCAGCCACAGCAAAGCAAGUUCCUCCUCUACCCAGCAGUCACAGACCCGGGGUUUACCACAGCAUUCAUCCCAAGUUCAAGCACAGUCCCAGUUCACAGAUGGAGGACAGUUUCGAUCUUGGAGCAGCGGCUGACGCUAACGGAGGACAAGCUCAAGGAGUGUUUGGAGAACCAAAUGGAGAUCGGUCUACAUCUCCAGAGACAAGAGGAGGCCUGAAGAUGGCGGCACCAGGAAAAGGUUGAGCUGUGGUGUGACAGGGAAAGAGGUCACACCAACACACCAUUAACAAAAACACGUAAACAGCACUCUCUCGUUAUUGUAAGAUACACACUUAAAAUGUGCAAUCUUGCACACAGUCCUAAACCGUUUUCCUGACCUGAUUUAAAUGCACACUGAGCCUUACUGCUGGGUCUAGGUAUUUAACAAAGAGAUAUCAGAAGUGAAGUUGUUGAAUAUUAGAGAAGUUGUUCUUCUACAGGAGUGCUGAGAGAGCAUUCCCUUUUCUGCUGACGAAGGUCUUGCUGCUACUAGUCACUUUGUGAGAGUCGGUGUGUGAGUGUGCACCCCCGAUGAUUGCCUGUGCAAAAGUGUAGAUAACAUGCAAGAGACUUUCGUAUUUGCCUUUGCACUACACUACAGUUUUAAUUCUUAUUUGUGCGCAUAAAACGCUGCUUUUCAUCAAAAAGCACACAUACUGUAAACAGUUUACAGAAGCCACAUGCCCAUUAUUGUUUCAGUUCAGGAAAAAGAGGACUGGUGUCAGAUCUGUACUCUGUAGUGACAGAUAGCCUGAGCUGAAGUAUCGCUAUCAGGAGAGAAGUUAAAUUGUUGCAUCAUUAGUAAACACUUGUGCAGCAAAUGAGUGUUAAUGCAGUCCGGAAAAUAUUCUUCAACAAAUGUUUUCUUCCAACUAUUUUCUUCUCUUUGAGUAAUUUUUUGCUAAAAAAAUUGCCUGUUUAAGGAAUUUAUUUUGCCUUUUUUUUUGUGUGAAGUUUAUAAAAUGUUAUCCCAUUUUUAAAGAUUUUACAUUGUGGAACGAAUGGGCCUACAGCUGAGAGCAACAGACGGGGUAGGAAAGUCAGAAAGUAUUGAGAGAUAAACACAUUGUUGGGUUUGGUCUUCUUACUGGACUGUUGACAAUGAAACAAAAAAAGACAGUCUUAUACUUUAAGUUUUGAUUGAAGGAUAAGCGUCUUGUUCCGUCCCUUUUUAUAUCCUGUGUUUGAAACUUUUAUACACUGAAAGUAACUUAUUGUGUACCUUCUAAAAAAUAAUAAAUGUUUUCCACUCUUA